UAUGAAGGCAAUCGUCGGUGUGCUUCUGGUGCUGUCGGUAGCAGAGGGCACGUUGUUUUGGAGAAAUAUUUUGAAUGGACAACGGAGAGGAACGUUCGAACCACCGGGUCAAUCGUUUCAACCGCCUGGUCAAUCGUUUCAACCACCAGGUCACACGUUUCAACCGCCAGGUCAUGCGUGUCCACCACCAGGACGCUCGUUCCACUCACCUGCGCACGGCUGUCCAUCAUUGGGACCGUCGUAUCAACCGUCUGGCCCAUCGUACCCCAUGCCUGGACUCGAACUAGGUAAACAAGGCCCUCAAAAUUGGCCUCAACAACAACAACAGCCUUCACAAAGCAACAUGCUUUACGUAAACAGCGCCGAAUGGGUCUGCCAGAAUCCAAAGACUGGAGAUAUGAUGAUUAUCACCGCUGUCGAUGGAGAACAAUCUCAAACUGGAGAACGGCCAAACCCCAGCGUAGUUCCUAACGCUAAUGGAAAUAAUAAUCAGGGUAAUUCAAACAAUGGAAAUUCCAAUAAUGCGAAGGCUAGCAAUGGGAAUAAUAAUAACGUGAAACCAACUCCUCAGUAUCAUGUAACUGAACCUCCCUUGGAACAUGGAGGGGAAGGUCUUAUUGACAUUAGGUUAGGUACGAGUUAAGUAAUAUGUUCGGAAACUAGAAAAUGUACAGAAAGGAUUCAUGAAGAAAAUACAUAGUCUUUCGUUUUUAAUGUUAUUAUUAUUA